AUGGAGUCCACUCUCAUCAUUCUUUGGGUAUUUACCUGGGUGACAGUCGGCUUAAUUGUCCUUAGGCUGCUGGUACGGAAGUUGAAAGGAUUCCCGUUCGUCCUGGGCGAUUAUUUCGCAAUGGGCGCAAUUCUCUGUGCCCUCGUGCGCCUCGGCUUGGUACACGUCAUUCUCAUCUGGGGAACCAACAAUAUGUCAACCAAGUUCAGACAGACACACGAUUUCACUGCCGAGGAGAUCCGUCGCAGAGAGAUCGCGAGCAAAUUCGUGCUCGCCAAUCGAGUAUUCUAUAAUUCCUAUCUUUGGCUGCAAAAGUCAGUUUUACUUGAUACCUACCGCAGACUGCUCACGCACCUUCCCUGGGAGAAGGUGACGAUGAUCUCAUAUAUCGGUAUAUUCGCAGCGACGUAUCUUAUCGUACAGAUUGUGACUUUCACCGAGUGCGAUCCAUUCAAUCAUUACUGGAUCGUAUUACCGGAUCCUGGCACAUGCGCCCAGGCACAGCUCCAAUUGAUCGUCCUCGUCUCAGGUGUCCUCAAUGUAAUCACAGAUAUUAUGCUUAUCGCGUUGCCGAUUCCAAUUCUGGUUAUGGUUAAAAGAUCCGCUAUCGAAAAAAUCCAACUAGCGAUCCUCUUCGCUGUCGGCCUCUUCAUUGUCGCAAUCACCCUGGCUAGGCUACCCCAAAACGCCAAAAAUUCCACUGUACAAGUAAACAGAACGACUUGGGCAUCCGUCGAGUUACUCGCCGCCGCUAUUGUAGCCAACGCGCCCGUCCUAUACGGACUGCUGAAGGGUCAGAGGCAAAGGUCAAAGAACGCUGCAUCAGAACCCGGAUCAACUGGGCCGUCGUGGCAGGGACUUCAAAAGAGAUCGGCAAAUGAGCCCGAAUUCGAACUGCAAAGGACUCCUCACAGUAAGAGAGGGUCUGUUAUCGGUUCAAAGCUAUCAUCCAGGAAUUAUUUGGAGAUUGAUAGUGAGAGUAGUCGAUCGUUGACUCGAAGCCUAAAUAAGUAG